UAAUUAAACUGUCACUCUUAUCAUCUUCUUCGUCUUCCACCAUUCUACAACAUGUCUCAAUCGGAAGAACAGAACAAAGACAUUCCAUCAUCUUCAAAUUUUGGAAACCCAGCAAAUAAUGGCGUUAAUGUGCCAGAUGCUCCUGCGCGACGACUCUUCGAUAACACUUCUGACGAAUCUGAUGUUUCACUGGAUAAUGAUGACAAAACCGGGGCUGAAACUGACGGUUCCUCUUCAAGUCGUGGAUGUCUGAAGAGCGAGAGAUCUCGCAAAGAUCAUGCCAGCACGUCAUCAACAAGAACUGUUCGUGCACCACAGCAGGUUUCUUGGUCAUUUGGAGCUAAACCUGCGACUCCACACUCUCAACCGCCUGCCGGACUCAAAAAAGUUCCUGCCUACUCCGCCACGUCAUCAUCAUCACAAGCGGGUCCAUCAGCUUCCACUUCGACAGCUCGUAAAUCGUCGCUUGUGGGAGGACGAGGAUCCGCGUCGUCAUCUGGACACACGAGUCCGUCACCUUCUGAAUCCCCAGCACGUAACGCAGGCUGCUCCUCUUCGGGUGAAUCAAAUCCUGAUAGAUCUCUGACAACACCUCCACUUGCUCCAGCACUGAAACAUUCUGCCAAGGACGGUCAUUAUCGUGGACAAAGAUCAAUGUCACUUGGAGGUCCUGCUCAUGAAAUGCUCAUGUCACAAUUGGGUGGCCGUCAAGGAAACACAGUCGACUGUUCACCGGGAGAAGGCGACAAAGUAUGCCUUUUAGUCGAUCAAACCCGAUUCCUAGUCUCACAACGUCUGCUGACAUCGAAACCCGAUACAAUGCUCGGCCGGAUGUUCUCAAUGCGUGCAUCUUGUGGUGAUUUGGGAGCUGAUCUGGUUUCACCAAAUGAACGGGAUGAAUUUGAAGUGGCUGAUGGAAUGACGUCAUCUUGCUUCAGAGCCAUUUUAGAUUACUAUCAAUCGGGUACAAUGAGAUGUCCAUCAUCAGUUUCUGUGUCUGAACUCCGGGAGGCAUGUGACUAUUUACUGGUUCCAUUCAAUGCACAGACCGUCAAAUGCCAAAAUUUGCAUGCUUUACUUCACGAGCUUUCGAACGAAGGAGCACGUGAACAGUUUUCACAAUUUCUCGAAGAAAUAAUUCUACCACAAUUGGUUGCCUCAACAGAACACGGAGAACGAGAAUGUCAUCUCGUUGUCCUUCUCGAUGAUGAUGUUGUAGAUUGGGAUGAUGAGUAUCCACCACAGAUGGGUGAGGAAACAACACAUGUUGUAUACUCUACACAUCUCUACAAGUUCUUCAAGUAUGCUGAAAAUCGAGAUUGCGCGAAACAAGUGCUGAAAGAGCGAGGAUUGAAGAAGAUACGACUUGGUAUGGAAGGUUAUCCAACACACAAAGAGAAGAUUAAGAAGCGUUUCAAUAAGGCAGAAGUCAUCUAUAAUUAUGUCCAGCGACCAUUUGUACAUUGCUCGUGGGAGAAAGAAGAGGCUAGAAGUCGACAUGUGGAUUUUGCGUGCCCUAUUGUGAAGUCAAAAUCAAAUCCAUCGUUGGCAGCUGCCGCAUCGGAUCCACUUCCACAGCCAGCUCCACUUCAACAACAGCAUCGAGUCGCAGUUUUUGGAGAAGCUGCACCGCUGGCAGCUCAUAAUCGAGUUGACGAUCAACAUUUCGUUCAACCUUUGAAUCAAUUAAUGCAACAACAGGCACAGCUUCCACAGAAUAAUGCAAUGUUGGGAGUUAAUGUACAACAGCAACAGCACAACCAUCCACUCCACUCUCCACCAGUCAAUUUCCAGCGAAAUGAUCGUGAGGAAGAAUAAUUCCCAAAAAAUCAAUACUUUUUCCCUUGCCAUCGGGUCGAAUAUCCUCGUCAAUCGUCCACCAACUCCUGUUUCGUCGAAUUCUUGUGAUAACACAGAUUUAUGAUCAACUCGAAUCGAGUUUGUUGUUUUAUCCCGUUUCUCUGAUAAAUAUAAUUGUGUUCCUACAUCAUUACGACCCAUCUUCAUCUACUGGUCCAAAAUGCACACUCUCUCUCUCUCCCUCCCUCUUCCCCUCUUUUAACUUAUCAGACACUAUUGUCAUGCUUCUUAUUUUCCCAUACCGACACACACCACUCUUGACAUUUUGCAACUCUGUCCCACGACAUCUGCGAAUAUUUAAGAAUGAAAAAAAAUUUU